AUGGAUGAGGCGGAGGGUGUUAAUGUUGUUGAGGGGCCGCGUGUUGCCAUUUCACGCAAGGAGCGAAAACGUCAGGAGAAAUUUGAUAAGCGUAUGGAUGAGCUGCGCAUUUUGAAUGAUUGUGCGAACAACGUUAAUGUGAAUGGUGACAGUCCAUUCUCGGUGACAUGGGAAGACGAUCAACAUUCCGAAGGCUCUCGUGACAUUGCGAUAAGAAAGGUGUCGGUUUCUGUGAAUGGGAAAGUGCUGUUUAAGGACACUCUUGUGAAGCUUUCUGCUGGGUCGCGCUACGGGCUUAUGGGUCCCAAUGGAAGAGGUAAGUCGACAAUCUUGCGUUUGUUGAGUACACGAGAGUUACCUGUCCAGUCAAAUCUUGACCUUUUACUUGUGGAACAGGAGCAGGAGUUUCACGCCUCGGAUUUAAGUGCAGUUCAAGCUGUUCUUGAGAGUCAUAAGAAGCAGAAGGAGUAUUUGAAUGAGGCAGUUACGUUACGUGAAAAAGUGGAGCUCGAUGAUGCGGAAAUGGCACGACUCCAAUUUCUGGAGGAUGAGUUGGAUAUGAUGGGAGCAACCCAGGCUGAGGCCCGUGCCCGCCGCAUUCUGUUUGGUUUGGGUUUCCCCACAGAGUGGCACGAGCGUCCCACAAAAAGCUUUAGUGGUGGUUGGCGCAAGCGUAUAGCGUUGGCAUCUGCUGUAUUUAUUGAGCCUGAUGUACUUAUGCUUGAUGAGCCGACAAACCAUUUGGAUUUGAAUGCUGUCAUUUGGCUGGAGUCGUACUUGUGCGAGCAGUACAGUGAAAAGGCGCGGCGUCCUAAGACACUUAUAGUUGUUUCUCACGAUGCCGGUUUUCUUGAUGAGGUGUGCACACACAUGGUUCAUGUGGAGAAUCAUCUACUUAACUAUUAUCGUGGCGGUUUCAGUACUUUUGAUGAACAGCUGCGUCAGCGGCACCAGGAAUUGGAUAAGAAAUACGCUACCGUUUCCAAAACGAUUAAGGAAAAGAAACGCAAUGGAAUGUCGAAUGCACAGGUUGACGAUUGGAUAAAGGAUCAGGUUCGCACGGGUCGCCUAGACCCCAUAUACCUUGAAAAACGCCGUGACUAUAUCGUGAACUUCCCUUUUGCGGAACCUCCUGAGCUACCGGAUGCUUGUAUUUUUAAGUUGGAGGAGGUUUCAUUUAACUAUCCGGGGGGGCCGGUUCUUUUUGAAAAUGUUAAUUGUGCACUCUGGACGGACAGCCGCAUCACGUUGUGUGGCCCUAACGGUAUUGGCAAGAGUACAUUGUUAAACCUCAUGACGGGUGAGCUCAGCCCCACUGGAGGUGUUGUCACGAUCAAUCGUAAGGUUCGCAUUGGUCGCUACAAUCAGCAUUUUGUGGACAAGUUGCCCUUGGAGAAGACGCCGGUGGAAUAUAUUCGAUCCCUUGGUGUCAAUGAGGAGGACAAGGCACGUCGCCAGCUGGGCAGCUUCGGUUUGGAGGGCAUUGUGCAUAAAAAUCAGAUUGCUACUCUCAGUGGUGGGCAAAAAGCCCGUGUUGCAUUUGCAGCCAUCAGUACUGAAAAGCCGCAUUUCCUCCUCUUCGAUGAACCGACGAAUCAUUUGGAUGUGGAGUCUAUUGGGGCCCUCUGUCAGGCCAUUAAAGUCUUUAAAGGAGGCGUUUUGGUUGUGACACACGACGCGCGUUUGAUUGAAGAGACGGAGAUGCAGAUUUGGGAGGCGGGUAACCGUACCGUGACCCCGUUCAAUGGCACACUUUAUGACUACAAGAAGAAGGUGCGACUCAUCUUUGAGCGGGAGGAGGCCGGAGCGAUGAGGGAGCGAAAGCAGAUUAUGGAGCAGAAGCAUAUGAACAAUCGUCUUCGGCGCCAAGGUGAUGGUAGAGAAUUGGAAGAGGUACGACGCGAAAUGGAAGAAGAGAAACAACAACAACAGGCGGUGGAGGUGGACGAGGCAUUUGACUUCUUUAAAAAACGAAGCAAGAAGAAAAAAGAGAAGGAAAAGGCGGCCAAGGUCGGCUGA